AUGAGCUGCUUCCAACCCAUGACCUAUGCAUUCCAGCCACGCCCCGCCUCAGCCUUGACCGUCUCCGAGCACCUUGUCUUUACCCUACAAUCAAACGUAUCCGUUCGUCAAUCUUCUAAAGCCGGCCACGACGCUCUGUUGGGUGCUCCGGAUUCUCGAUUUGCACCAAAGUCCGUAGGGGACCAAUUCGAUGGCUACCGAUUUGGAGGAAGCGUUCCACCAAAUCGACAAACAAUUUCUGCUGCAACUCUUUCAACCCGAGUUUGCCCGUUGAACGGGCACCACGACUCCACCAUUGGAGGCCAUUCUGCGCCGGAUACUGCACCAGCUCGUUUCCCAAUAUUGCGACCCAGUGGGCAAAUGCGGUACGGAACGGAGGGUGCUGCUGGCUUUGCACUAAUGGCGGGCGGGUCCAGCAACAAAAUCGUAACCUUUGGUUGGCCAUGA